CCUCCGGGCUCGGGUCCGGGGUGGCGAUGGGCGGGGGGCGGGGGGGCCCGGCGGGGCGGCGCGGCGGGGACGGGGACCGGCGGGGGGGGCGUGGCCAGAUGGCUCCGGGAGCAUCUGGGCUUCCGCGGGGGCGCCGCGGGCGGGGGCGUCAAAGCGGGGCCUCCCCCCGCGCCCCCCGAGCCCGACUACCGGCCCCCGCCGCCCCCCGACAUCCUGGCCGCCUACCGGCUGCAGCGGGACCGCGACUUCGAGGACCCCUACACCGGCGCGGGGGUGGGCGCCGCCUCCUCGGGCCCCCACGACGCCCCCGGCCCCGCGCCCCCGCCGCGCCACGGCUCCCCCCCGCACCGCCUCAUCCGCGUCGAGACCCCCGGGCCCCCCGCGCCCCCGCCCGAGGACCCCCGGACCCUCGGAGCCCCCGCCAACGCCGACAGGCUGGCGAUCGUAGAAGACUACGCAGACCCAUUUGACGCCCACGAUGGGGGCGAGGGGACGGCGAAGCCCGCGGAGAGCCCCCCCGAGCAGAUGCCCGAGAACGACGGCUACAUGGAGCCCUACGAGGCUCAGAAGAUGAUGGCCGAGAUCCGGGGCUCCAAGGAACCGGCCCCCCAGCUGCUGCCCCUGUACGACACGCCCUACGAGCCGGGGGAGGACGGCCUCAGUCCUGAAGGCGAGGGCGGGGGAAGGACCCGGGAGCCUCGCCUCCCAGCUGGUGACGAACGACCCCCGGAGGAGUACGACCAGCCCUGGGAGUGGAAGAAAGAGAGGAUCUCCAAGGCCUUCGCAGUUGACAUUAAGGUCAUCAAAGACCUGCCGUGGCCGCCACCCGUGGGACAGCUGGCCAGCAGCCCCUCCCCUGGGGACGGGGACGCCUCUGCUCCAGCCUCACCCCCCCUCCAGCUUCAGCCCCAGCCCGGCUUAGAAGAGCGCAGCGCCCAGUUCGAGGCGUUGGACAAAGGUUUCCUGUCUCCCGGACGGGAAGAGAAGGGACGCCCUCUGGCCCGGCUGACAAAACCUGUGAUUGGUGACCCUACCAGCCCCCUGGGCGAGUGGACGGACCCAGCUUUGCCUCUAGAAAACCAGGUCUGGUACCACGGAGCCAUCAGCCGCACCGAUGCCGAGGCCCUGCUGAGGUUGUGCAAGGAGGCCAGUUACCUGGUGCGAAACAGUGAGACCAGCAAAAACGACUUCUCCCUCUCCCUCAAGAGCAGCCAAGGGUUCAUGCACAUGAAACUGUCACGCACCAAAGAACACAAGUACGUGCUGGGCCAGCACAGCCCGCCCUUCGCCAGCGUGCCCGAGAUCGUGCACCACUACGCCAGCCGCAAGCUGCCCAUCAAGGGGGCCGAGCACAUGUCGCUGCUCUACCCGGUCGCCAUCCGGACUCUUUAGGGCCUCAUGGCCCACCCCCUACCUGCUGGCUCCGCUCCCCGUCACUCCCUUAUCCCCCAGGCCGAGGACUGGGACUCGUGUUAAUUUAUUCUAAAGGGGAGCAGGCCGAAACGGCCGAGGGGAUGGGCCCUCCACAGAUACGGUCCGAGCUCCGCCGGUCAGGACCACCACCCUUGCUGCCGGGCAGUGACCUGCACCUGCCUCCAGGCACGGCUAGCCGGGGCCGGGUUGGCCGCGGCGACGGUGUCCCGGCGCCAAUGUCGCGAACCUCGGCUUCCCCGGCCCGACUCACCUUGCCUCGCUCCCCACCUCUCUGUGCCCGGGGAAGAGGGAGUGGGGACCAGACAGGCUAUAAACCACCGUUUCCAAGCAGA